AUUAUUGGACAACGUAAGAUUACUCUACCCAGAUAGUAGUACUAGAAAUUAAACAAAAGAGAUGGGUGAAAAUCGCUCAGCCCCAACUCUUAUGGAGAACAAAAACACUGUCAUCUCCGAAAAAUUGUCUGCAGAAUCUAUUUCUAAGGUCAAUGGAUUCCUCAAAAGCAUGGGGCUCUUCAACCUUAACUUUCCUCCUCAGUAUGACACUAAGGAUUCUUUCUCUGAACUCAGCCGCAGCUUCCUCAAGGUCCAACAUGUCCACCGUGGCAAGAUUUCCUGUAUUGUCUCUGUCAAACCUCCUAUCAUGAAUGUAUAUGGUUCACUGCACGGAGGAGCAGUUGGAGAUGUAGCAGUAAGGGUAGCAACUGCCUGUGCUCGAACUAUCGUGGGAAAGGAUAAAGAGCUCUUUCUUGGAGAAUUAAGCAUAUCUUAUCUCUCUAGUGCUCCUCAAAAUGCCGAAGUAAUAGUUAAUGCAUCCAUUGUUCGAAGUGGAAGAAACCUGACUGUAGUUGCCCUGGAUUUUAGACUAAAGGAUUCUGAGAAACUGUGUUACAUUUCUCGUGCAACAUUGUAUCACGUACCUGUAGCAAGUUUAUGAACCAGACCUGGUUCAACACAUUAUGCCAAAGACAUCCUGCUGGUAGGUCUAUCAGUUAUUCAAUAUGUAUCCAGAAAACUUCUGUGGCCUUUCAAUCUGUGCAUGUUGCCUCAUAUUUGAGUUCGUCUGAUUAUAGUAAUCGCGUUCCAGGAAUCUGAUACACGUCCAAUUUCUUGUCGUUGACAAGCUUUGGAACUAUAAAAC